CCGUCCGGAGUGUGCGUCUCUCUCGCUGCAGGCGGCUACCGGCUCCGCUGCGGGAGCGAGGCGGCUGCGGCGAUGGCGGCGGAGCGGGGCCGCCUGAGCUUCCCGGGCGGCGCCGGGGUGUUGAGCCGCCCAGUGCCCAUGAACCUAUUCGCCACCUGGGAGAUCGACGGCUCCAGCCCCAGCUGCGUCCCCAGGUUGUGUACCUUGACUUUAAAGAAACUGGUCGUCUUAAAGGAAUUGGAUAAGGAGCUCAUUUCUGUGGUCAUUGCAGUCAAAAUGCAGGGCUCGAAGCGAAUACUACGGUCUCAUGAAAUUGUGCUGCCACCAAGCGGACAUGUGGAAACCGAACUUGCACUAACUUUUUCACUACAGUAUCCUCACUUCUUGAAAAGAGAAGGCAACAAGCUUCAGAUCAUGCUGCAAAGGAGGAAGCGAUACAAAAACCGAACGAUUCUGGGCUACAAGACUUUAGCAGUGGGCUCCAUCAACAUGGCCGAGGUGAUGCAGCACCCGACUGAAGGAGGCCAGGUUCUGAGCCUUUUCAGUAACAUCAAGGAAACCACGGCCAAAGUAGCAGAGAUCUGGAUCUUCUCACUGUCUAGUCAGCCAAUAGACCAUGAAGACAGCACCAUGCAGCCUAGCCAGAAGAUCAAGUCCACAGAUAACUAUUCUGAAGAAGAGUAUGAGAGCUUCUCUUCUGAGCAGGAAGCCAGUGAUGAUGCUGUCCAUGGACAGGAUUUGGACGAUGAUGAAUAUGAGCUGGGCAAGCCAAAGAAACAACGGAGAUCGAUAGUAAGAACGACGUCCAUAACCAGGCAACAAAACUUCAAGCAGAAAGUGGUGGCGUUGCUGAGAAGGUUUAAAGUAUCUGAUGAGGUUCUGGAUUCAGAGCAGGACCCAGCAGAACAUGUGCCAGAAGUGGAGGAAGACUUGGACCUUCUGUACGAUACAUUGGAUAUAGACAACCCCAGUGACAGUGGCCCUGAAAUGGAAGAUGACGACAGUGUCCUCAGCACUCCAAAACCAAAGUUAAAACCGUAUUUUGAAGGCCUGUCACACUCCAGCUCUCAGACAGAAAUUGGUAGCAUCCACAGCAUCAGAAGCCAAAGAGAGCCAUCAAGUCCUGUAGAAGUGCCUGAAAAGACGACGAGCCUUGGAAGCAAACAUCCAGGCGACAGUAUCUCUGACACUGUGUCUUACGAGCCUAGCCAGCAAGACUCCCAGGAAGCAGAACUCUCCACACUGGAUGUGUUCAUUGAGAAGCUCCCACCAAGUGGAAAAAUCACCAAGACAGAGUCUCUCAUUAUUCCUUCCACCAGGCCAGAAGGGAAGCAAACUGGUCGCCGUGGCAGAAGCACUUCACUGAAGGAAAGGCAGCCAGCGAGGCCACAGAAUGAGAGGGCGAACAGCCUGGACAAUGAGCGCUCUCCAGACACCAGGCACCACCUGCAGAUUCCAAGGAAAACUGUAUACGAUCAGUUGAAUCACAUCCUGAUUUCUGAUGACCAGCUACCAGAAAAUAUUAUUCUUGUCAAUACUUCGGACUGGCAAGGCCAGUUUCUCUCCGAUGUCUUGCAAAAACAUACCCUCCCUGUGGUCUGUACGUGCUCUUCUGCUGAUGUGCAGGCGGCUUUCAGUACGAUUGUCUCCAGGAUACAGAGAUACUGUAACUGCAAUUCUCAGCCUCCAAACCCCAUUAAAAUUGCAGUGGCCGGAGCCCAGAAUUACCUCAGUGCUGUGUUGAGGCUCUUUGUAGAACAGCUGUCUCACAAAACCCCGGACUGGCUCAGCUACAUGAGAUUUUUGAUCAUCCCACUAGGUUCUCAUCCAGUGGCGAAGUAUCUAGGCUCUGUAGAUUACAGGUACAACAACUUCUUCCAAGACUUAGCCUGGAGAGAUUUGUUUAAUAAACUUGAAGCACAGACCACUGUUCAGGAAAUACCAGAUAUUGUCUCCAGAAUAACCCAGUAUAUAGCCGGGGCAAACUGUGCACACCAGUUGCCUAUUGCAGAAGCAAUGUUGACAUACAAACAGAAAAGCCCUGAUGAAGAAUCGUCCCAGAAGUUCAUUCCCUUCGUUGGGGUGGUAAAGGUUGGAAUAGUGGAACAGUCCUCAGCAACAUCAGGUGAUUCCGAUGACGCAGCUCCCUCUAGUUCCAGUGUCCUUUCCUCUACCCCGCCUUCUGUGUCUCCUGCUGUGAAGGAAGCUUCCCCCACCCCACCUUCCUCGCCGUCUGUCACGGGCAGCUUCUCUUCCUCCAGCCAGAGCCUUGGUGCUGAGCUGAUGGGACUGCAGGUGGAUUACUGGAUUGCAGCUCAGCCCAUGGAGAAGAAGAGAGACCCGGAGAAGAAGGACCCUUCCACUGCCAAAAACACACUCAAAUGCACUUUCCGGUCUCUCCAGGUCAGCAGGUUACCCACAAGUGGGGAGACCACCAGCACUCCAACGAUGUCAAUGACAGUUGUGACAAAGGAAAAGAACAAAAAGGUGAUGUUUUUGCCCAAGAAAACAAAAGACAAGGAGAUUGAGUCUAAGAGUCAAUGCAUUGAAGGAAUUAGUAGAUUGAUUUGCACAGCAAAACAUCAGCAGAAUAUGCUGCGGGUCCUAAUUGAUGGCGUAGAGUGGAACGAUGUGAAGUUCUUUCAGCUGGCAGCACAGUGGUCCUCCCAUGUCAAGCACUUUCCCAUCUGCAUAUUCGGACACUCCAAACCUAACUUCUAACCACUUUCAGCGGGGCAGCUUUCUGCCUGUAUGGAGACUGCACACGCAGGAACCAGGAAUCUGAGUGCCAACUCUGACUCAAGUCUGCUUGCUCUCUCCUGCAGAUUACUUACAGAUGCGUCUGGAUUACUUCUGAAUUACUUUUUUCUAUUAAUUCUUAAGUUUACUACAAGGGAAGGAAAUCCAUUGAACAAAGCAAAAAACAGUCUUAAGCAGAAAUGUACCAAUAACAUGGAAAUUACCGGGAGAACCUCCAGAAGUGGGGUGACCUGCCGGAGAACUUAAGAGCAGAUAGCUGGAUAACUGCACUGCUUAUUAACCUGAAACCUCCUGGGUGUGUUUGUGGCUGGGUGUUCUGGAUUGGGCUUGAAUGGUUUUUGAGGGGAGAGUGGGAGGUACUGAGAGAAUGAAUUGUUUUAAAAUGUUUAACUCUGCGCCGCCCCCCCCCCCCC